AUCUUUACGAGUUAUAAAUAUUAAAAAUACUUUGAUUUUGGGAAUUCUACCAUCACCUAGAGCUUCCUCAUCUACACAUACCAUCCUCCGAGCAUAGUCUGACUCUCUCUCUCUCUCUCUCUCUCUCAAAGCAAAGCAGUAUCUGAGUCGAACAAUCCUCGCCAUUCUUAGGACGAUGUGAAGCAGAUCCACACCUCGAUCCGAGGAACCUCUUCGGUCUCUCUCUCCUUCACACAAUUACUCCGAAACCCAAAACAAAACCUCAACAAAAUAUUCAAAAAACAAAAACCCCAAAAUCAGAGAACUGUGUGUGAGUGAAUCAAUGGCUGUUGUUGAGAAUGCUGGGCUGAGCGUGGGCUCGUCGAGCCGGAGCUUCGAGGCUGCUUCGCAGGAAUCGGGUGGUGGGCCGUCAUCCAACGGUCACGAUCAGGCCAGGCACGGCCUCGUGCGACACCGUAUUGACCCCCAUCACGAUCAGGGGCUGUACAUUAAGACCCAGCAGAGCUUCGAUGCGAAGAUCGGGGCCCACCGAUCCAACGGCGGUGAUUCGUCGAGAAAUGGGGACGCUGGCGAGAGCUUCCAGCGGGAUAUGAGGGACUUGCAGGACCUGUUCUCGAAGCUCAACCCCAUGGCCGAGGAGUUUGUGCCUCCAUCACUGGCUAACAAUGGUGGGUUUUAUGGUAACAGCUUGUUAAUGCCCGGCAACGACAGGAAUGGCUUUGCUAACGGAAACAAUGCCCGACGGAGGAAGAAUUAUAAUCAAGGGAGACGGAGGUUGAACACAAGGACAAGUUUGGCUCAGAGAGAGGAGUCAAUUCGGAGGACUGUGUAUGUGUCUGACAUUGAUCAACAGGUCACUGAAGAACAGCUUGCAGCUCUGUUUGUCAAUUGUGGACAGGUUGUUGAUUGCCGAAUAUGUGGUGACCCCAGUUCUGUGCUUCGUUUUGCUUUUGUUGAGUUUACUGACGAAGAAGGUGCAAGGGCUGCUUUACAUCUGGCGGGGACAGUGCUUGGAUUCUACCCCGUGAGAGUGCUGCCCUCUAAAACAGCUAUUGCACCAGUUAAUCCAACUUUUUUGCCAAGGACUGAAGAUGAACGUGAGAUGUGCGCAAGAACUAUCUAUUGUACAAAUAUUGACAAGAAGGUUUCUCAAACUGAUGUCAAACUCUUUUUUGAAUCGGUCUGCGGAGAGGUUUAUCGCCUGAGGCUACUAGGGGACUAUCACCAUUCCACUCGUAUUGCUUUUGUUGAGUUUGUGAUGGCUGAAAGUGCAAUUGCUGCUCUUAACUGUAGCGGUGUGGUUCUGGGUUCUUCGCCAAUAAGGGUAAGCCCAUCAAAGACACCUGUCCGCCCUCGUGCUCCUCGUCUUCCCAUGCAUUGAACAUCUUUGGCACCCCAGACUGAUUCAACAUUUCAGUUUAUAUAUAUUUAACCCCACACAUACACAAACCAUGUAAAGAUGCUUUCCAUCUCUGGUUGGUCUACUUAAAUAUGUAUACUCGUCCUCUGCUUCAAUGCCGGCACGUUCUUUUGUUAUCAUCGGGAUUAUGUUUUGUUUAUCCUAGCAUCCUAGCAUAUAGAGUUGGACAGAACCUCCUAGGCUUUGGAAGAUUUAAUGUAUACUGCUCAUUGAUAUGGAUUGGGAUUUUCCCUAGAUUAAACCCUAUACAGAAGUUUCUGACUUAUGACAAUCCUAUCAAUAGUCGCUUUGUGACACUGACAAAGUGGUAUUUCAAAAUUUUCUUGCCAGUUAUAUGGCUAGCUUCUUGUGCACA